AUGAUGAGCAUGGCGAGCGGAGCGAAGGACACGGCCAGCUUUGAGGUGCGCCUCAAUGAAGACAGGCUGCCCUCCCUCUCUUCCAUCACCCACGAAGGGAUCUUCUACGAGCACUACUUCGACGUGGGCACGGAGGACGUGGCCCUGUUCUCGUGCGACUGGUCGUUCGCCUCAUCCAAGGACCCCAUCAGCGGGGGGAUGGAGUACUAUGUGGGGUGCGGCAUGCGCUGCAAGCUCGACGGGGAGGGCAUCAAGAAACACGGUCGGCCGCCCGUGCAGCUCUCUAUUGUGCUGGACAUCUCCGGCUCCAUGGGCUCGCCCUUCCGCCACGGCGAAACCAAGAACAAGCUCGAGGUCGCCAAGGAGUGCGUGAUGACCAUGCUCGACAACCUCAAGCCCACCGACGCCUUUGGCCUCGUCCUCUUCGAUCACAGGACAGAGGAGGUACAGAGCAUGCAGCCGGUGGCCUCGCUGGACAUGGCGGCGCUCAAGGCCCAAAUCGCGGUGCUGGAGCCGCGCGGCAGCACGGAGAUGGUGCAGGGUCUGCUCGGCGGCGCGCAGCUCAUCACCGAACACCUGGCCCAGCUGCAGGGCACCAAAAACACCAAAAGCUCUGCUACCGCCGCCUCCCGCCGCAUAAUGUUCCUCACCGACGCACGACCGUCAAGUUUCGAGAACAAGAAGCUGUUGGAAGUCUGCCAAAAGCUGUCGGAGAAGGACAAGAUCUUCACCACCUUCAUCGGCCUCGGUGUCGACUUUGGCGUCGAGUUGAUCGAUUCGAUCUCGCACAUCAAGGGGUGCAACUACUUCACGGUGACGUCGUCGCCAGAGUUCAAGAAGCUCAUGGAGCAGGACCUGGAGUACGUCGUCACCCCGUGCUGCUUCGACGUCGACAUCAAGAUCGUCGAAGGCAGCUCCUCUGCCGUACGCGUCCAGCGGGUGUACGGUUCGCCUGGGAAUGAGAUUCCCCAAGAUGGCCUGUUGAUGCGGAUGCUGAGCGGCUUCCCUUCGGCCAAGGACGAGAACGGAGGCACCAAGGGCGGCAUGAUCCUCGCCAAGAUCGCCCCAGCGGCGCCCACGUCGACCCCUCGCAAGCAAACGCUGGAGCUGGUGGUGACUUACAAAGACGUCGACGACAAGAAGUACGAGGUUAAGAACACACUCGAGAUCGAGUUCGGAGCCGCCGAAGAGCACUACUCCAACAACGCCGUCCGCAAGGCCAUCCUCCUCACCAGGUUCGUGAAUGGAAUGAAGUGGUGGAUCAAGGACCACCAGACCCGCGAGGAGCCCGGCCAGACGGUGUGCGACUCGGCCGGCAUCCCGCCGCCGCCCGUGGGCGACUCCCAGUCGAACCAUCACGGCUCGCUUCGUGUGUCGACGCACUACAAGGCGAUGCUGGGCCGCCUCCUUAACCACUAUGAGCGCGCCACCGAGCAGCUGCUCGACGCUGGUGACAUCGACGACCACCUUAACGAGCACGCCCGCCAGCUGGUGGGCCUCGUGCACCUCGUGGCCGCGGAGGACAUCCGCCGCGCGAUGGCCGCGGUCACCACCGACGACGAGGUGGCCUUUGGCACCGCCGACGGCGGCGCUCUGGUCGAUGCUGACGUCAUCCAGCGCCGUUGCGAGGCCGAGCUUAAGGUGGCGGACCUGAGCACCCACCACGCGGCCUUCGAGACCGAGGUCAAGCGGCGGCUCAAGAACGUAGUCGUGGCCCGCAUCAACCAGGAGGGCAAGGAGCGGCUCAAGGACGCGCCCCGGCGCGCCGAGCUCGUGGACGAGCUGGCCAAGUUCCUGCGCGACAGGCCCGACCAGGAGUGGAGCCAGUGGAAGGCGAUCGCCGAGGCCGAGAUGACCAAGCUGGUCAGCGGCGCCCCGCCUCGUCGCUUCUUCGUCAUGUAA